UAAUGUUUACUCAUUACUGGCCAUUUCUUGUUUGAUCUUCGAUAUAACGACGUGAAACGCGCUGCAGGAAACGCAUUGUCCGCAAACGCCAUACCUGAUACCUUAUGAAAUUUUAACCAAAUUUUCGGUGUCAACAAACAAUGACGUAUUUCAGUAGUCUCGUUUUGAUUUCAUGACAUAAUAACUUAUAAAAUAAUAUGAUUUGUUGCAAAGUCGAACGACCAUAAAAUAACACUAGGUACUCGAUAUUCCACCGCACAGACGCGCAUUCGUAUUUCCGGAUAUUUGGAUCGGUCGUAUACGCUGUUCGGCCAAAAGAACGUUAUGGCAGAUUUAAUUGAAUGUUUCAUCGCCACUGGCAGCAGCUUUAACAGAAACCACGCGCUGUAAGUACCAAAAAAAAAAAAAAAACGUUUAAAAUGACUUUUGUCUUAGAAAAUUUGAGCGUUUACAUCACUCUGAUCGAGUGUACAGUUUUACAAUACCCCUUUUUAAUUAUAGACCGUAUUAUGUCGUAUUCAUGUAUUUUAUAAAAGUUGAAGUUGUGUUAUGGUAUCCAAAUUAAAUAUUGUAUUGGCAACUAAAAUCUCAACAAACAAUUACUUAUUUUAUUAUGUGACUAAGUGAACAACUACGAUGUAAACUGUGUGUAAAUUGAUAAUAAAACGAUUAUUGAACUUCUGUAUACAUAGAGUAUACAAAGGAGAAUUAUCAACAAUUAUAAUUUCUUUGAAGCUAUGCACAAAGUAGUUAUUAAUUGAAUUUUAAACUUUAAAAAGUCAAUACUUCAUUCAAUUUUGUAUUAAAAUAAAUACUUGUAUCCUUGUAUUUUUAUAUGUUACGAUUAAUGUUGUUUAAUUAGUUUACGUUAAAUUUAUAUUUUUUGAAUACGAAAACCGAUUUUCCGUUUUUAGUUUUAAUAUUUUAAUGUAUUAGCAAACUAUUAAAGAAAAGAAUUCUGUCCGUUUUUAUAAUUUUUGGGUUUUUCAAUAUUUUAAUUUUCAAGUGAAUUACGAAUAUGUGAAAUAUUACAAUUAAAUAAUCUACAAAUCUUAAUUAAAAACUAAAAUAUCGAAAAAUGAUAACUUGACAAAAUCGGUUAAAGUACCUACCUAAAAUUAAUAUAACGGCAUUAAUCGAUUGUACGAAAUUACCCGUAGCAUAUACAUAUUGUUUAAAAAAAAAAAAACCCUAGCUAUUCAUUAUAACGGUUACUUCUUAUCUUAUAUAACUUAUAAGUACUAAUAGCGAUUUUAAUAAUUAUUUAAUAAUUGUUCAAAAGAAAAUAAUCACUUAUUAGGACGUUAACCCGCGUCCACUUUCUUCGUAUUACAAACGCACGACGUUCAGUUAGAAAAAUGUUGUGCCGUAAGUUUAAAUAUUAGAGUGAACCGUUCAAUUAUCAAUCUAAAAGUAAGAAAAUCACCGACUUCGAUGUUUUUCUCUCAAUAUUUUAAUUUUUAAGCGAGAUACGAGUAUGCAAAUGAUCACAAUUUUAAAAUGCUUAUAUCUCGCUCGAAAACUGAAUAACUGGAAAAACAUCGACGCGUGGAUGCAGAAAAUGUUAGUAUACAUUUAAAUUUGGUAAUACGUUAAUUCAAUCUAAUACUAAAACUCGAGGCACUUGUCCCAAAGAACGCAAAUUUGUUAUGUCAUGCGUUUUUUAAGACGGAGACAGUGGAAUACGGGCCCCCGCCCUCCAAAAUAUUUUCACAUGUAUUAAAAUCAAUUUUUAUCGAUCGUUAUUAUGUGAUCGUUUUCAUUGACAAUAACUAUAUAGAUCAGUACCACUUAGUGAUCAACGUAUUCAUAGGCGCAACAAAAGCACUAACUUUGAAGGUACUGAAAUGAUGGACAUAUCAAAAAAUGGGGACUACCCCGAAAUCCCCUUUACACGACUCUUACAAUAAGUGACGACAAGUUUCAUUUACAAUUUUUUGUACACACACAUUUAUCGCAACCAUCUGUAUUUUUUCUGCUCGUUAAUUAUGGAAUACAAGGAUAAGAUAUUCGAUAAUAUAAAAAAAGCUUAUAGGGUAUUUUCGGGGGUGUUAAAGACCCCCCUGCACUCUCCUAUUUUCUAGUUACGCAUGUCACAUGUUAUGUAUUUUUUAUCGGUACACAUUUCUAGCCGUAAAGUAUGCAAAUUGAAUGGCGUAGACAAAUUAAUGAAAAAUUCGUUCGAUAACGACGGAUCAAGUAGACAUUAAAAUAUUAUGUUCUCCUCGAUAAAAUUGCCAGCAAUGUAUUGCUCUCGAAACGGACUCAACACAAUAAUAUAAUAUAAUAUAGUAGGCAACGUUUAGAAUAUAUUUUUAAUGAAGACAUUAUAAUAUUACAACAAUAAUAAUUCCCGUGAUAAAAUAUCAUUGCUCGUUAUAAUCACGAAAAUAAUAAUGACAACAAUAAUUUCACUGCGAUUACUGUAAUAAUAAUAAUAAUAAUAUUGUUAUUGCGUAGUUUAUAUCGGAAAAUUACGUUUAUAUUUGACGUUUGACACACGAUUUUAUUUUUAGACAUUAUUACGAUGCAGCCGCAGAAGAAGAAAUGCAUUUCAAAUCCGUGCCGCGGUACCGUCAAAUAAUCAAAAAGAAAUUGCAGAAGCAAAGGUCUUAUUUGGCGAGGUUCACGGACAACUACUACAUUAACCGAGUAAAACACCCGACUUUUUAAAAUAUGUUUCGUUUUUUCAAAAAUUCUCUUAUAAUAUAUGCCUGUUAAUAUUAAACGUUUCCCUAUACUUAUCGUAGGUGUAUCAUGAAAUAAUAUUUGUUUUUCAAUUUUAACCAACCAACAAAAAACAAAAAAAACAAAACAAAAUAUAUAACGCAAUUCGUAUGCUUUUUUCACAUUAUUAUUUGUACAACUAUUAUAAUAAUCCGUCUAUACUUGUAUAAUUUUUUGACAC